AUGCUUCGGAAUGGCGUUCGCCACUCAAAUAAAAUCUCGCUUACCGAAUGUACGGAAGAUGACAACGGUCGGCUACUUUAUCGAGGCAUGCUAUAUGUACCAGACGACGAUGACCUCCGACUAAGGUUUUUGAAAGAAUACCAUGACAAACCAUCCGCAGGACAUCCGGGUAGAGCAAAGACAUUGGAACUUCUAAACCGAGAAUAUUAUUGGCCACAAAUGCGAAAAUAUGUUGAUCAAUACGUUAGGAAUUGCCAUGUGUGUGUCUGUAGCAAGGCACCACGCAAUGCACCUUAUGGAGUACUCCGUCCUAUGCCAAUACCUGAAGGACCAUGGAUGGAUAUAUCGAUGGAUUUGUCACUGAUCUCCCUGAGAGCGAUGGAUAUGAUGCAAUCUUAG